AUGCCAACUACUGAAUCUCCAAAGUCAACUGAUCUCGAAAUUCAAGAAAGUCAACCAGAAAUGAAUGAGAAGCAAGUUUCUUUGCCUUCGAAGGCUAUGUUAAAAGUUAACUCUCCAAAAAAUACGCCGCUAGCCUCACCUGCAUUUGCGAAAAAGAACGGCGCGUCGUCUAAAAAGAGACCACUUGAUCCUCAAGAACUUAACAAUAUGAUUCAGAGCAAAAUCUCUCAACUUGAAACUGAAUCGUCAAUUGAUGAAGAGGAGGAAAAGGCUUUCGCUAAAGCCGUAAAAAAGGCAAGCAGGGAAAUGAAAGACAUCAUUAAUUCUCACGAUGAUCAAAUGGAAAAAUUUGAUACUAUACAGCAAAGGUACAUGGAAUUGUUUCAAGAUAUGAAACGUCUUGAGCGAGAUCAUGCAAAAAUGAAGAAGCGUAAUGAACAAUUACAAAAAGAGAAAGAUGCUGCAAAAAGUGAUCUGUCUAAAACGAAUUCAAUGAAACAUAAGUUGGAGAAUAUAUGUCGAGAAUUACAAAAAGAAAACAAACGUAUUAAGGAGGAAAGCAAACGCUUGGCCGCUAGUGAACAACAGAAACGCGAAGAAUUAUCAAGCAAAUUUGAGAACACCAUCUGGGAGAUCAAAUCUAAGAUGGAAGAGGAUACUGAUGAGAAAAAAAAACGUGCGGAGGAUAGUGAAUUAUUAAAAGAUAAGUUCCGCAGUUUCUUAGAACAAUACGAACUCCGUGAAAAACAUUUUGAUAGUGUAGUUCGAUCUAAGGAUUUGGAAUUGCAGUUGUAUGAAGCGAAGUUACAACAGCAAAAGCAACUAACUGAACAAGAAAAUAUAAAGGUAAAUUCAUUAAAGGAGCAAGUUGAAACCUUUACUAAAACGGAAGCUGAACUACGUAAACAGCUAAACGUAUACGUGGAAAAGUUUAAACAAGUUGAAGAAACUCUAAAUAAAAGCAAUGAGCUUUUCCUUAACUUUCGCAAAGAAAUGGAACAGAUGACCAAAAAAACGAAGAAACUUGAAAAAGAAAAUUCGUCUAUCAAAGGGAAAUGUGACACAAUGAAUAAGAACAUUUUAGAGAUGGCCGAAGAGCGGGCAAGGGAUCAGAAGACUAUAGAGGAUUCAAAGAAAAAGCAGUCAAAAUUGGAAAAUUUGUGCAGAGCAUUACAAGCAGAAAGGGCAGUUCUUAAGAAAAAAGUAGAAUCUUUUGAAUUGACACCUAUUCAACUUCCCAACACACCUAUUUUUUCAACAUGUGAUGAAGAAGUCGAUGAAGGCUCAAGUGAUUAUGGAUCUACAGAAGAUACGGUACCUUGUAAAUGCAUGGAAAAUAAUGGAGAAGUUUCCGAAGCUCCAGUACAAUGUUUCUGUGCAAUAGAUCAAGAAUGUUUUGAGGAAGUUGGGCAAAAAUUAGAGGUCUCUAAUGAACCCGAUUUAGAAACCGAUAGAGUUAUAAAAGGUGGUGAAUUGAUUAACUAA